AAUAAAAAGUGAUGCCAUCUAGAUCCUCCUAUAAAACAGCUAUUCUUAGCCUCUUGACUUUCCCCUAUAACUGAAAACUCCUUCUAUCUCUCCUCCUUUCUCCCUAUCUGUGUGCUUACUCUCUUACCUUUGAAUGCAAUCUCUGAAACACUUCUAUGCCUGCCAUUGCCAUCGCCAUUUGUUGGUAUACGUGACUCAGAGGAGAUGAUAUCGUCUUCUUCGGUCAAGUACUCCGAGCACAAAACGGUCACUGAUAAGAUCGCCAAAUGCAAUGACUCGAACUCCACCAGAGUAGUUCGGAUUUAUGUUACAGAUGGUGACGCAACCGACUCCUCCAGCGAUGAGAAUGAAAACCCAAUACUAGGUCAUCAACGAAUCAAGAAACAUAUCAACGAAGUAAGAAUCAAAGAUUGCGUGGAAUGUUCAAAUGGAAGAGCACAUGAGUGCUCAAAAUCGAGACCUAACAAGCAACCGUUGAGAAAAAGCACUAGAGAUCAACUUUAUUAUCCGGAAAGUAAGAAGUAUCGCGGUGUUAGACAAAGGCCAUGGGGAAGAUUUGCCGCAGAGAUCAGGGAUCCUUUCCGGCGAACGAGGGUAUGGUUAGGGACGUUUGACACUGCAGAAGAAGCUGCAAUAGUAUACGAUAAUGCUGCUAUCAAGAUUAAAGGACCUAAUGCUCUCACUAAUUUCAUAAAACCGCCGGUGAGAACUUCGACCCCAGAUUUUGAUAUUGCUGCAAUUUGUGAGUAUGAUUCUGGUAGGGAGUCUCAUAGUUUGAGUUCUCCAACAUCUGUUCUUAGAUUUCAAUACACUGAAGAAGCUGGAAAUGAGCCACAAGUUUUGGACGGGAAUGUGAGCAGAAAAGCUGAAGAGAUUAAAGAGAAGGAAUGCGAUUGGAGAUUGGAUAAGCAAAUAGAUGAAAAUGAUUGGAAACCCGUCCAGUGUGUAGCGGAAGAAGAUCCUGGUGGUUAUUAUUUUGAAGAGUUGAUAGAUUUUGAGAAUCACCCUCCAGUAUGUUUCGAUGAAUGUACAAUACCGGAUACUGAAUUAACAGAUGAUUUUGCCGAUGUUGCUGUGCAUUUAAAUUUAGAUGGAGAUUUUGGGUCAUGUUUAUGGAACGUAGAUGAGUACUUUUGAGUGUUAAAGCUUGCAAAAUCAGGUAAAUGGGAUGUUGGGUAAAUUCCGAGUGGAGUUUUGGAUAAUUUUCUUGCUUUUUCUUUUGAAUUUAAGUUUAGAUUGACAAUGAGUGUGCAAAACAUGCCAAUGCAAAUACUUGUAAAAUUUAUUUUUCUAGCUCCUCUGUGGUUUACAAGUUCUGAUUUUGAGUUAAAAAUAUUGCUCAAGGAUUCGGUUGGUUAGAUUUUUCUUUUCUUUUUUACCCUUUUUGUACUGGGGAGGGGCGGGGCCUCAAAAGGCAGCAUGCCAAGUGGCUAAAGUGGUUUCCAUGUUCAACGGUUGGCCACCUUUGGCUCUCAAUGACCAUAAGCUCUUUCUGUGUUUUUGUAGCCAUUCUUUUUCAACCCACAACUCCAAAACACAUUUCCCAAUUGUGAAUGCGAGUGUUUGGCUUUUCUUGUCUC